AUGCCACCAGCCGAUCUGAUCCCAUCUCUCUCUGCCCUCGCGUCGACGAGCCGCCCGCGCCCCUAUGAACCGGGAGCCGCCAGGUUCGGCGGCGCCGACCGUGACGAGAUCCGUGCCACCCGCCCGCCGCCGGCCUCCGCCGCCACCACCGCAUCCCCUUCGCUACGGCCGCCAGCGCGGCUGCGCCUCCGCGUCGUGAGGUGCCGCGCCGGCGGCGACAGGGAGGGAGGGAAGGGGGAGGAAGAGGAGGCGGAGGCGCCCGAGUCGCUCUUCGCCAGGGAGCUCCGGCGGGGCUACUCCGGCAUCCACUUCGAGAUCCUCGAGGCCAUCUCGAAGCUGCUCAACGCCAACAACUCCGUCGCGGUGGCCCCCGAUGGCCGGAUGGUGGAUGCCGCCGAGGCGUUCAAGAUCGCCGGCAUCGAGCACGGCUUCUUCGAGCUGCAGCCCAAGGAAGGUCUCGCCAUGGUCAACGGCACCGCAGUGGGCUAUGGCCUCGCGUCCACCGUGCUCUUUGAGGCCAACGUGCUCGCCAUCAUGGCUGAGGUCAUCUCCGCGGUGUUCUGGGAGGUCAUGACCGACAAGCUGGAGUUCACUGACCACCUGACGCACAAGCUGAAGCACCACCCAGGACAGAUCGAGGCUGCCGCGAUCAUGGAGCACAUCUUGGAAGGCAGCUCCUACAUGAGUGCCUCAAGGUGCUGA